CGAAAGUGAACUACGUAAGCAAAAAUCAUACUGUGUAAGCAUAUUUAGGUUUUGUUUUCUAACCCAUACUUUCGGUUGCCCUUCUUUUAAGUUCUAUUUCAGCUGCUUUAUUUCGCACUAAACGGAGGAGUUUAUAAAGACUUACAAUAGCAAAUGGAUAAUACAAUUGAUAACGUUCAAUUUGAAGACAAGCUGCCAGAUCGUUAUGCCUGCCCUCUUUGUAAACAUGUACUGAAAGAUCCAUUGCAAACUUCAUGUGGCCACAGAUUUUGUUCUAGAUGCCUUAAAGCUUCUGUAAGUUUGGAAGGACUGUGUCCACUGGAUGGAGAGAAUGUGAAUCCAUCCUUUCAAGACAUCUCAUGUCAAAGGGAAAUAAACCAGUUAAUCUGUUUCUGCAACAAUCAUGAUAUUGGCUGCAAGUGGAAGGGAAAGCUACAGAAUCUCUUGGAACACCUAACCAAGUGUGAUUUUAGGAAAGUUCAUUGUCCAAACCCAGGCUGUAACAUCCAAUUACUAGCACAAGACCUACAGGAGCACAUAGAAAAGACCUGCUUACACAAGAAGAUACCUUGUCAGUGGUGUAAAGUGCUAAUAACUCAAGCAGAACAAAAGGACCAUGAGAAGACCUGCACAAAGUUCCCACUGUCAUGUCCUGAAGGGUGUGGUGAAGUGAAUAUACCCCGUGAGUUAAUGGAUGAUCAUAUCCAGAAUCACUGUCCUUUAGCCCAGAUAGUUUGUCCAUACAGUAUUUCUGGAUGUUCUUUUAAGGUGAGGCAUAUGAACUUGUGA